AUGGAGGCAGAGCAUUUCAGUCCGUAUCGUGCGGAUGGGAAGUUGUAUGGCUUCGUGUGUGUUGUGACGGGAGCUCAGCAACCUGUUGGACAGGCUAUUAUUCAGGAGUUGGCUGCUCAUGGCGCUGCUUGUAUCUACGCCUGUGACCAAGCAACGUCGACCUCCUACGACGCCCUCAUUUCCUCAAUCUCCCAGACCUCCCCGAACACCAAAAUAAUUCCCUACCCCUUAACUGUCGCCUCCGAAGCCGAGACCCUGACCCUCAUCGACGAAAUCCUCAACUCCUUCGGCCGUCUCGACGCCUGGGUAUGCUCUUCCGGUCUCCUCGGCCCACCCUCUCUCGAUGCUACGACUCCGGGUGAUCUGCAGAAAUGCUUCGAGGCGAAUAGCAUGGCGCCGUUCUUUGCGCUGAAGUAUGCGCCGCCUGCGAUGGGGAAGCUGAUGUUGAGGAAGGGCGAUUAUCCAAACGCGGAGAUCAAAGGGGUGAAGUAUGGGAGUAUUGUUGUUGUGUCGAGUGUGGCGAGCACGUAUGGUGGGUGUUGGGGGGUCGGGUAUACGAUGAGUUGUCAUGCUGCGCUUGGGGUUGUGCGAGCGGGGGUUGCUGUGCUUAAGGGGACGGGUGUGAGGAUUAAUUGUAUCUCGCCCGGUCAGAUUGACGUUGGUGUCGACUUGCAUAACUUCGAUAUGCGUGGCAUGACAGCCCAGUUCCCUCCUGCGAGUUUGCAGUCGAAAGAAAAUCAACAAAAGGACAUCGGACUCGAGCGUGCCGGGCUCCCGAUUGAAGUUGGCCGUGUAGCUGGGUUCCUGGCAAGUGGGUUCAGCAGUUAUAUCACGGGUGCGAAUCUGGUGGUUGAUGGUGGUGCGAGUGUGAUGAAUCCGUUGACAGUUCCCAUAUAG